GCCAUAUAAGCACCACACACCAGAAGCCAGCUCUCUUCCUCUCAAAUCUCUCCCACUGAUCUGUAACCCAUGUUGUUCCGCUGCAAAUAAAGCGAAGGCAGGCUGAGGCUUACACACAGCUUUAUUCAAAGCCCUUCCUCUGCCAUUUGCUCUUUUCUAUAUUUUUCUUUCUUUUUUUUUUUUUUAUUAAAAAAAAAAAAAUUAAGGGGUUUCUUUUUGGUUCUCUCUGCAAAACCCAUCUCUGAAAAAACCUCGUUUGUUAAAACCCAGAAAAUACCAAAAUUUCCUCCCAACCCAGUUAUCCCAAGACCCUCAUUUCCCGAGCUCUAAGGAAGCUUUUCGGAUUUUGAGUCUCGGAGAUUUGCAGAUUUAGGGUUUUUGGUUUUGUUGGGUCUUUGUUAUUUGUUCCAAAUAUUGUUGUACACGAGAGAGAAAAAAUGUCGAUUUUGCCGAAAAGCGAUUCCAUUCACAUCCGGGAAGUUUGGAACGAUAAUCUUGAAGAUGAAUUUGAUCUGAUUCGGGCCAUUGUAGACGAUUACCCUUACAUUGCAAUGGAUACCGAGUUUCCGGGAAUCGUUCUCCGUCCGGUAGGGAAUUUCAAGAGCAACGUCGACUACAAUUACCAGAACCUCAAGGCGAAUGUGGACCUCUUGAAGCUAAUCCAGCUGGGUCUUACUCUUUCUGAUGGGAAUGGGAACCUCCCCACCUGUGGGACUGAGAAGUAUUGUGUUUGGCAAUUCAAUUUCCGGGAGUUUAAUCCCAAUGAGGAUGUGUAUGCCAACGACUCCAUUGAGCUGUUAUCCCAGAGCGGCAUUGAUUUUCAGAAGAACAACGAGAAGGGUGUCGAUGCUCGCCGGUUCAGCGAGUUGCUGAUGUCGUCGGGGAUUGUGUUGAAUGAUAAUGUCCAUUGGGUCACCUUCCACAGCGGGUAUGAUUUCGGGUACUUGCUCAAGAUCCUUACCUGCCAGAGUCUUCCCGAUUCGCAGGCGGGUUUCUUCGAUCUGAUCAAGAUUUAUUUCCCCACGCUUUAUGAUAUCAAGCAUCUGAUGAGGUUCUGCAACAGCCUCCAUGGUGGUUUGAACAAGCUUGCCGAGCUCUUGGAUCUUGAGAGAAUCGGUAGCUGCCACCAAGCUGGUUCGGAUAGCUUGCUUACUUGCUCUGCCUUCAUGAAAAUGAAGGAGAGUUUCUUCCAUGGCUCGCCUGAGAAAUAUGCCGGUGUUUUGUAUGGUCUUGGUUCUGAGAACGGACUGAGUAAUUGAAAAGAGAGAUAAAGAAAGGAAAAAUUAUGAAAUCAUAAUAAAAAUUGAAACCUAUUUGUGUUCUUUUUGUGAA